GAGGCGGCGGAGAGGGGAUGCCGACCCCCGGCACCGCCGUGACCCUGCGGGUCUGCGCCGUCGACCUGCGGCCCGAGGUGCCCAUCCUGCGGCUCUGGGGGCUGCUGGGUGAGCGCAGUGCUGAGCACGUACGCCUGCGCCAUGAGAUCCAAGUGUCGGCGGGGCCCCGUGUGGCGUCGGCAUCCCUAGGGCCCCGCGGGGCCGAGCUGUGCGUGGGGGACCUGCUGCUGGUAGAGCUAGUGGGGCUGUGGUACCGCUGCUGCGUGGUGAGUCGCUGCGGCCAGCUCUACCGCGUCUUCCUGUUGGACGAGGGCUGCAUGGUGGUCACCUCUGCCCGUUACUUGGCCUGGGGAUGCAGGGAGCUUUUCCAGCUGGCCCCGGAGGUGCUGGGUUGUGUUGUGGCCGAUGUCAUGCCUGCCAGGUGCUCCAGGGUGGUGGCUUGUGGGGAUGCACCCGUCUCCGUCUGGGCAGUGGAGGCGAUGGAGUUCCUCAGCCACCUGCAUGGCAAGGAAGUGUCUGGCAUAGUACGGGGGAUUUUGAAUCCGCACCUCAUAGUGCUUGAGCUGCCCCAGCUUGUGGCCCAGUUGAGCCACUUGGGCCUGGCCAGACAGGUCACUCCCAGUUGUUUCGGCGAGUUGCUGAGGCACUGCCAAACUUCUGGCCACUUAAGGAACCAUCUCAGCAUGCAGCCUCCAGCAUGUUCCCGUAUAACUUCUGCAGUGCCACAGCUUCUCCAUGCUUUGCUCUUGUAUCAGCCCAUGUCCCCUGUCUUGGAUUACUUCUACCCACGGCUUCAGUUGGGUGUGAGAGAGCCUGUCCUUGUGACCCACGUCUAUGACCCACAUCACAUCUACUGCCAGUUGCAGAGCCUGUCCCAGGAGAUCGAUUGCCUUUCUGAUACUAUGCGCCACAUGUCUGUGCUGUGGGAGCAGGAUUUAUUACCCAAAGUAGGCUCACCCUGUGCUGCCCGUGGCAGAGAUGGCCAGUGGUACCGUGCCCUCCUCCUGGACCUUCUUGUGGGAGAGCAAGACCAGCAAGUGGCUCUGGUGAUCUUUGUGGACUAUGGUAGGAAGGAGGCUGUGCCCAGAACUAACCUGCGCCAUUUGCCUGUUGAGUGUUUUCGCAUGCCUGUAGUGACUUAUCUGUGUGCCCUUCAGGGUAUCUCGGACUGGGGUCGCGGCUGGUCACCAUCACAGAUUGCUGAGCUGAAAGCAUUGGUGCUGGGCAAAGCAGUGAGCGCUUGCAUCGAUGCCUUUAACUCUUUUGAGAACCUGUACUGUGUGAGCCUGUAUGGGGAAAAUGGCAUCAACUUGAACCAGCUUUUUGGGGUGCAGGCCUGCUGCCUGUUGAGCAGCCCGUGGCAGGUCAGCCAAACAGAGGCUCUGGACCAACCAAAAGGUGCAGAAUUGACAGGCGAAGAACUAGAAUUGCAACCAGGAGCACCUUCUGUGGGUUUAACACACAGAGAUUUGCCCUCUGCUCCUGUAGUCAGUGUGCAUCUCAAGUUGGGUGUGUUUGAUGAUGUGUGUGUCUCCCACAUCCAAAACCCAUCUGAGUUCUGGCUGCAGCUCCAUGAGCAUCGCCGGCUCCUCAGGCAGCUGACGCAAAGCAUGUGGAAUUUUUAUGCCCAUGCUACGAAGCUGUGUGGCUCUGGGUGGCACCUGCAGCCUGGAUCGUUUUGUUGUGCCAGUGGGAAAGAGGGUGCCUGUUAUCGAGCGAUGAUCACCAGGGUACUGAACAGUGGGGUAGAAAUAUACCUGGUGGACAAAGGCAAUAUAGAAACUGUAGAUCAGUGUGCGGUGAAGGAGCUGCUCCCUCGGUUCAGGGAACUACCCUCUUUAGCUCUCAAGUGUGGUUUGGCAGAUGCUUCUCCUCCGGGAGGGAGCUGGAGUGAAACAUCUGUGUCUGCAUUCAGAGAGAUUGUACUGAACAAGGAACUAAAGGUGCAUUUUUUGAGCGUGCAGGGUGACAAAUACAUGGUGGAAAUUUUUGACCAGUCCCAGUUAGGACAGAAAAGUGUAAGUAAACUCCUGGCCGAGGGAGGCCAUGCUGAGUACCAGAGGUGCAAAGUACCUGAGGCUCCCCAGAAAUCAUCUGGUGAGGCUGAGCACCAGACCUCUUCCCCAGCACGUUUUGGGAAGGAAAACCAAAUAAACACGGAGAAGAGGUUUGGAGAAGAAUCUGAUCUAAAUAAAUUUGGUAGAGCACCUAGUCCUUACGCGGCUGUGAUGGUCAGAGAGAGCCCUGUUGCAGCUAUUCACCAUUCUAAAAGUAGUGAAUCUCUAACUGUUCAGAAAUAUGAGGGCAAAGAAAACCUGCCCGUCUCUGGGGAUAUGGAAAUAAAGCCAUUCUCUUCCUACAGAGGUGGGUUAGAGGUGGGAAGUACAGUUAAUGUAGAUGUGUCGUAUGUUGAAAGUCCUAGUCAUUUUUGGUGUCAGUUAACUAAAAACUGCGGUGACCUUCAGGUGUUAAUGACAGAGAUUCAGGAGUAUUGUGGAAACUCAUCCCACCCACAUGCUUGGCCAAGUUCUAUGUGUUUAGCCCAGUACUCGGAGGAUGAAAAAUGGUACAGGGCUUUAAUUCUCAGUGAAGUUCCUUCUGCAGAAAAAGUAGAAGUUCUGUAUGUUGACUAUGGCAACAGAGACCUGGUGUCUCUAACAAACAUUCGCUCAACUGAUGAGCAGUUUCUUAGAUUAGAGGCUCAGGCUUUCAGGUGCAGCCUUAACUUAAUCCAGCCAAAUGGUCAGGAUCCGUUUGCUUGGGAUGAAGAAGCGAUUCAGGCUUUCCAAGAGUUUGUUGAUACUUCAAAAUCUCACUUGGAACUGAAGUGUACAGUGUUUGCCUUGGCUUCAGUUAACAAUAAGGGACUGUUUAACAUUGUAGAUUUAAUGACACCUUUUCAGAGUGCUUGCCAAUUUUUGACCAAGAGAGGAAUGGCCAGACCUUUAUCUCCUGAAAUGCCUCUGGUAUCCUCGGUUCGGCUUCAUUCUUACUAUUAUUCUAUGCACGGUAUCAAAAUUGGGAGUGAGGAAGAUGUUUAUAUUACUCAUGUUGAUGGUCCAUGGAGAUUUUACUGCCAGCUUGAAAGAUGUGCGGAUAUCUUGGCACGCCUUACCAAUAGCAUUGGUCACCUAAGUGAAACAAUUACCAGUUUAGAAACCUUGCAAAAGCCUGGGAGCUUGUGUCUAGCAAAGUAUUCUGAUAAUCACUGGUACAGGGCUGUAACUAUGAAAACAACACCGAAGACGGAAGUCUUCUUUGUGGAUUUUGGGAACACAGAGACAAUAGAGAAAGAUCAUCUGCUGCCUUUACCCAGUGAUGCUUCUGAUAUCUUGCUUUUGCCAAUGCAGGCUAUAAAGUGUUCCUUAUCUGAUAUAUCUGAUGUUCCCGAUGAAGCUACAGUGUGGUUUAAGCAAGCUGUCUUAGAAAAGCAAUUAAAACUGAUCGUAGUAGCAAAGGAAUCUGAUGGUAAACUGUUGGUUGAGUUAUUUGAUGGCAAUACUCAAAUAAAUGCAAAACUGAAGGAGAAGUUCAGCUUAAUAAACAGUACAGGACUGUGUAGACAUGUAGAAAAUGAAACUUUGUGCUCUAGAAAUACGGAUGUGAAUGAGAGGAAUGAGUCUGCAGAGUCUCCUUUAAACAGGGACUUUUCCCUUCCUGAAAGGACAAAAUGCAGCUCUGAAGCCCAGGGAGGAGGGGAAAGAAGGGAAAGGCACUUCAGAGAUUAUGUAAACCUUUUCCAGCCUGCUACGAAGGGAGAUGGGGCAGCUGGGUUACUAGAAUCUGAUGAAAUCUUUAGUAUUAAGAAGGAUGCUUUGUCCUUAAAUAAAGAAAGGGAGGAGUCCCUGCUCUCUGUCCAGAUGUAUAUGCAGUCGGAUAUUAAAUCUGAUGCUGAAGGCCGGUGUGUAACACUUACUGUACCUGAUCCACUGCGACAGAAGGUAGUGCCAGCUCUGAAAGCGUCGGUGUAUGUGUCUUGUAUAAAUGACCCCUUAGAUUUUUAUGUUCAACUAGAAAGUGAUGAGGCACGGCUUAACAGCAUUUCGGAAAGCUUAAACAACAGGACACCAGCAAAGAAUGCUUGUGGACAGCUUCUCCAAGCAGGAGACUUAAUCAGUGCUCUUUAUUUGGAAGACAGUCUGUGGUACCGAGCUGUAGUAAAAGAGAAGACUUCUGACAAUUUGAUAAGCGUACAGUAUAUUGAUUAUGGAAAUACUUCAGUAAUUAAUGUUGAUCAAGCGCACAGGCUCCCUGAAGACUUGUCAUCUAUUCCAGCAAUAAGCAUUCACUGCUUCCUAAGUGCACAUAAAUGUACGCCCAGUGCAGACUGGGCAGAGAAAGCAGUGCUUUACUUCACCGAGAGAACAAGUGAAGCUCUGCUAACUUGUGAAUUUGUAGAGAAGGUUGAGGAUAAAUGGGAAGUUAUUCUCAGUGACCAUCAAGGUAUAAUAACAGUAGAUUUAGCCAAUGAAAAUCUUGCAGGUGGGGAAAGAUCUAGUUCAACAGAGAGCAGCAAGAUGUUAACUGUGAGUAAGCCUUUGCCUCCUCAGGAAAAAAAUGAAACUUCCAGCGUAAGUGCUUGCAAAUCAUUUAUCUGGAAGUUUCCAGAGGCAGGUCAGUCUGUAAAGAUUUAUGUCUCGCUGGUAAAUGAUCCAGAAUAUUUUUGGAGUUUCAAUGCUGAAACAGAGGACAUGAAAUACAUAGAGGAAAAAAUAGAAGAAGCUGAAAACCUUGGACUAAAGUCUUUGAACGACUGCAGAUCUUGUAUUAAAAGCGGUGAUAUUUGUCUGGCAAAAUACAGUCAAGAUGGAAGGUUCUACAGAGCUAAAGUCUGCAGCAUAGAAGGUGGCAAUGUAUUUGUUAGACAUGUGGAUUAUGGAAGUGAGGAAGCUGUUAGCUUGGAGAUGGUCAGGCAAAUUCCCUGUGAUUUGCUCAAAGUACCUAAUCAAGCAUUUCCUUGCUGCCUGUCAGGUUUCGAAUCCUCAGAGGGCUCCUGGCUUAGUGAAGCAAAAGAUAGGUUUUAUGAUAUGACCAAAGACCUCUUAUUAGAAGCUGUGGUAGUAGAAACUCGGGAAGAUAAAACUUGUGAUGUCCCUCUGUGUGUUGUCAAGCUGGAGGCUUCUGGCAAGAGCAUUAACGAAGAGAUGAAGCCUUUUUGGAAGGCUAAUAAAGGGACCGGUGACAACGCUUUCUCAGACCUUGAGAACCCCUUAAAGGAAAACAGAUGUUCAAACCAUAUGGGUCUUUGUGUCAAAACAGAAACUACUGCUGCUUGCGGAUUAGCUCCAGAAGAAAGUGAAAGUGCUUUACUGUGUUCUGAACUCUUCCUGGGUGAAACAGCUGUGUGUUUAAAUACUGUAGAGGCAAACGUGUCAGUGGGAGCAGCUGAUUAUUUGUCUGGGAAGGCUGAUGAUAGAUGUGAAACAGCUGAGCACCAAAGCAAUUUCGAUGGAGAGACACCUCUAUUGGAAGGAGAGAGGGAUAACAAUGUACUACUAGAACCAAGGAGAAGCUGCGGACUUUCUGUUUUGAGGAGUGAAAGAAAAGCUGCAGAACAGGAAUUAUCUGAAGUGCUGUUUGGAGAGGGUGCUAAGCUGCCAAGCAGUGCUUCAGCAGCCAGUCUUUUCCUAGGAAAUGACCAAGAACUGCCAAGAUUGCCAGUGCUCCCUGUGCAGUCAUCUUCAAGUGAUGAAACGGGGCUGUUAGUAGCACUGGAUCAGUUACAAAUGCAGACUUCGUAUAAUAAUGAUCUGAAAGAGCUCAUACUGGAGCUCGAGGCACUCUCAGUGCAGUCCUCCUUGGGUGAAGAAACAAAGGAAGCUCUGGAAACAGUCUCACUUGACAUGCAGACAGCGUCAGCUGGUGAAGCAAGAGAGAAAGUUUUGGAAAGGGAACUGUUUCAGCUGCCAGUUGUUAGUGAGGAGACGCAGGAGUUGGCAGCUCUGAAAUGUCUUGAUAUCUUAUCGUGUGAUGAGAGAGAGAACUUGGUGCCUUCAGUUAGCAAUGGAGAGAAGGCAAUAGACCUGAUUCCAUCUGAUGCUCUGCUUUCUUUGGGAGAGAAGGCAGAGCAAUUGGAAUUGAACUUGUCUGGAGCUCAUAAAGCCGAAGCUACAGAAGAAGAUUGGAUGGAAGUAAAGCCUCCUUCCCUAAGGCUGUCCUCAUCUGGUGGUGGACCUGAGAAACAAGAGAACCUGAAGACCCAUGACAUGCUGUCAGUGCUAGGUGCUGAAAUUGAGCACCUUCUGGAACUGGUGCUGCCUGAUGUGCAGCCAUCUCGAGAAGGUGGUGAGGAGGACUUGUUAGGGUUGGGACACACUGCACUGCGAAGUUCUACAAAUAGCGAAAGUCAAUUUUCAUUUUGUACAAAAAACUUAAAGGAUCAGAGGCCUGUUUGCACCGUAAGAUCACGUGACUGCAAAGUUGAGAAGCAUAAGGAGUGGCAGAAGGACUGUUAUGUGGAAGAAUGGAUGAAACAAGACUUGACUGGCUCAUUUAAAGAAUGUGGAAAUACAUGCAUGUGGUCUUCAGACUCUAAGCCUGGGGUUGAAGAAGUAAUAAAAAAACAAAAUGAGAUCUUGGCUGACCGCAGUGCAGAACACAGUGAGUAUACCUGUAACCUCAAGGGCUUUGCUGUUGGUUCCAAAUGUAUGGUGUGGACUUCUUUAAAAUGGUGUGAGGCUCGCAUUUUGGAGAUAUCUGAAAAAGGUACUAGGGUCUUGAACCUCUCCAGUGGCAGUGAGGAGAUUGUGGAUCCUGAGAAUGUCUGGAACGGUAUUCCUGACCGGGCUCGCCAGUCAUCUAGGUCAUCUGAGGCAGUGACCCCUGCAACUGAAGACUUGCAGUCCAUAACAGAGGAGUCCUUACUUCAAGAAAAGCAAGCGGGCUGCAGUUCAGAUUCAGCUGAAGAUCCUUGUGUCCUCUAAUGUUCCUGAACCCAAGUGACCCAUUCACCACAUGAAGCUGAACAAGUGCCUGUGUACACAAACACUCCCAUGAAAGAGUUUUCUUCUACCUAACUGAACAAAUGCCUGUUGCAACUAUACUUUUCUGUGAAGGAGUAGUGCUUGUUGGCAGACUGCUGUCAGCUUGGCUUCUUAUAGCUGUGCUUUCUUAAAUAAGAGUUGGCCUCUUAAUUGGGAUUCGUUGCUGAAUGUGUGUGCACCAACUUGUCUGUAGCUGUUGGUGGGUAGUUCUUCAACAAACUUGUUCUCUGCUGUGUUACACAAGACUGCUUUCUGAUGUUUGCUUUUGGAAAAUUUGCAUUAAGUGUAUUUUUCCUUUUUUUCCUAAAAGUAUUUUUUUGGGGUGAUAUGGGGGGGAGCAUUUUCUUUGUAGGGAAACAGUUGGUUUGGGUCUUGCACUGCACUUGAUGCUGUUAUAAAGCAAUGGAAGAAGCUGGAAUAAAGCUUUGGCUGGUAUAUGCUGAGUGUUUGGUUACUGACUUGUGUUCUUUCCCUACAUAUAAACUCAAAUGCUGUACGCAUACAGAUUAGUGUACUGGAGUCGGAUCUAUGCAUGUCUUGCAGUUACUGGGUUUGACUCUAAUUAGUUCUCUAGAACACUGUGAACCACGCCAAAUGCUUUGAAACACAAUGCAGGUAUGUACAAAAUAGAACUUGUGUUUAUGACAUGGCCUUAAUUGUAAUAAUUAAAGAGGAAGCCUUUCCUCUAAACACAAAGGAGACCUAGCAGAAUGGGUUUGCUCCUGCUGUGUGUAGUGACUUGUUACAACAGCUGCAGAUUCUCACCUUUUAUUCUCCUCCUUGUGUGUUGAACAGAGGUUUCUCUUUUGCAGUCCUGUUCCACGCUCCCAUACAUCAUAGCUUUUUCUUCCUCUUUGUCGCCUCUGGAUUUUUCAUGCUGCUGUAAUGACAUAGGAACCAAAGAUCUUGCACAAGAUCUAUCACAGUAGAUCUCAAGUGUAAGGGAAAUGCUGCCUCUCUGUUGCCUUAACAGAGACAACACACGGUGGUAGGCUGGAGAGAAUUUAAUUACAUUCUGGAAACAGGUCUUAAAAGUUGUUGCAGUCUCAUGUUAAGAUCACAGAUUAUAUAAAUAUUUAAUUACACUGUUAACUGCAUUGCUUGCUCUGCCUGCUUCACUUAUUUUGUCUGUAGCCCGAUUUUGAAACAAACAGGCUACAGCUACAAGUAGUCCCCCUUCUGCAAGACUUACUCACUUAGAAGUCAUCCUUCUGCGUGGCAGCUUCAAAGAGUCCUCUAUAAAUCAGAGCCUUCUUUAGCCAACGAUGUAGUCAACUCUUUCUCCUGACAGCUACAGACGGGGAGGCUGGUGCUGGGGCAAAGGCAGUGUCUGAGGAGCGUUACAGCCAUGAGAGACAUCAAUGCGUCCCUACUUCUUUUUAAAGGGAGUGGCAAAAGUGACAUGUCUCUUCCGUAACUUCACUAACCACAGUAUGAUGAAGUGAUAGUGGUAAUACAGCGAUUAAGAGAGAGGCACUGCUUGGAGCUUUGCCGAAGGGGAAUUACGGUUGCUACGAGUGACCAUUUCAGCAGCUUUUGGAAGGGAAAUGUUCUCUGAGCAUGGCAGUAAAUACACAUCUUAAAUGUAAGUAGAUUAGGUUCAGAUGAGAAGUCCUGUGUCUGAUUAAACUCCUUUUCUGCUGUUAUCAUAAAUUUAUUUCCUGUAGCUCUUUCUGUGUCUUCUGUUUUAACAAGACAGUUUGAGAACCUUCCACCUCUGACUAAAGGAGCAAAAACCUGCUCCAACUCUCAACUUGUCAGAGCACAGCUGAAAUACUAAGUAGUUUAAUAACAUAUUAAAGACUUUUCUUGCAGCGUAAAGAGAGGCUCACUGGAUGCAAACUGACCUACAGCUUGGUAAACAGAACUGUAGGUGAAUUCCUUGGAGCUUCAAUCUCUCAGGAAACUUGAUUCUUUGUCAAAACCAGAGUAAAUACCAUCAAGUGAUAUUUUUUUCCCCCAGCUGCCUAUAAUGCAGAAGUUAUUCUGUUAACAGUAUUUCAGAGCAUCCCAUAACACAUAUGAACUAAAACCUCUCUAUGUUUUCGUGAUAAUGUAACCUAAUGCCUUAUCCUUUUUUUUUUGUUGUUGUUCCACACCCCAAAAGCUGUGUAGGUGGCCAAAGCCAUCACGUCUGGCUAACAUUAGUGUCCCAAUGCCCGUGGUAUUUCCAGUAUUCCUUUGUGUUCCUUAUUCGGGUUCAGCUGGAGAUAAGUUGAUAUUGGUACCA